UCAACGUUGUCUAGACUAUGUUUUCUUACGGCAUUUUAUUGAGUUUACAAAAUUAAAUACUCAUUACUUUAUUUAUACCUUUGGUUUUCUAAAAAUAGUUGAAAUUACAUUCUAACCUUAUUUACAUGUGAAGUUAAAUAAAUAUAUAGAUACCUAGUAUUAAUAUAUACUACCUGCAAACAAUAAAAAAUUAAUGCAAUGGCAUCUCAAGCACUAGCUUCCUUAACAGCUACAUAUACAGACUCCGAAGGAGAAGAAAAUGUUGAGGAAGAAGAGCAAAGUGAAUUAAUUGCAGAAAUUCAGAGCGGAAGCAGUUCUGCACCUUCAACUCCUCCAAAAAAUCCUAAACCUAAUACAAAACCCAGAACAAAAACUAGAUUAGUAAGUUAUCAUGAUGAUACGAUAGCAUCUGAUGAUGAUGAUGAAGAAAAUGAAAGUGAAGAAGAACCAGAAGAGCCCUCUGAAGAAGCUGCAAAUGUAGAAGAUGUUCCAGAUGAUAGCGUCAUCGAUAAAAAGUAUGAACAUCUAGGCGUAAAAUUACCUCCAGAACCUGCUGGAAAGUGUCCUCAGGAUCUACAAAACAAAAUUAAUAAACUUAUGAUAAAUGAUUCAAGAGAGAAGCUGGAUAUGAAUAAAGUCAUUCAAGAGAGAAAGGAUUUUCGAAAUCCUAGUAUAUAUGAAAAAUUAAUUCCGUAUUGUGGUAUUAAUGAAUUUGGAACUAAUUACCCACCUGAAAAAUAUGAUCCAUUCAGGUUUGGUAAAGAAAGUUAUUAUGAAGAACUAUCGAAAGUGCAGAAAGUAGAAAUGGACAAAAGGGAAAAGAACGCAGGGAGAUUCAUGUCAGUUAGAUGCUUGGCUUUUCAUCCGACAGGUGAUUAUAUUCUUGCAGGAACUACUCAUUUUGUAGUUCGACUUUAUGAUAUAGAGACUGCACAAUGUUUUCUUUAUGCUUCUUCUGCAAGUGCUGAUGGUACUAUAAAGCUUUGGAUGGGUCAGCAGUCGCUGUGUAAAUACAUUCCCAAAGCACAUGACGGUCAAGAAGUUUGCUCCCUUGCUUUUUCAAGAACUGAAAGAUUCUCUAGUAAAACUAUGGGAACUAAGUACAAGCAGUGUUUAAUUGCUUAUACAGGAGCUGGCACAACGGUAAGCAAGAGCACACAGCACAAGCAUAUUCAAUCACACUGA